AUGGAAGAUCCAGGGUUUAGGUUUCAUCCAACGGAUGAGGAGUUAAUUACAUUUUAUUUAUCAAAAAAAUUUUGUGAUAUUAGUUUUUCUUCUAAAGCCAUUGCUGAUGUUGAUCUAAAUAAGUGUGAGCCUUGGGACCUUCCAGCAAAAGCAUCAAUGGGAGUAAAAGAAUGGUACUUUUUCAGCUUAAGAGAUAGAAAAUACCCAACAGGAUUAAGAACAAAUAGAGCCACAGUUGGAGGUUAUUGGAAAACUACAGGAAAGGACAAACAAAUCUUUGGCAGCGAAUUGCUUAUUGGAAUGAAAAAGACACUUGUUUUUUACCUUGGAAGAGCAUCCAAGGGUGAAAAAACUAGUUGGGUUAUGCAUGAAUAUCGCCUCACCAAUAACAAUAAGCCUUCCUUCCAACCCACCAAGGCUCUACAAUUUACUAGUAAUAGUAGUACAAGUUCUAGUACAUAUUUUCAACCUAGAGAUGCAACGAAUACGAAUUAUUCCUUUUUAGGCAGCAACCAGCAAAAGUUGUCGCCUUUAGAAAGUAGUUCGUAUUUGGAUUUUAAAUCAUCAUCGGGUACUGAUGAGUCGUUUGACUCGUCUAUACCAACCCAACAAAAUGAAGUAAACCAACUACAAGUUCAAGAUCAAACAUUCCCCUUUGGACUCCAUGUGGUGAUGGAUAUACUAUACGUGAUGAGAAAACUAACAAUUUGUAACUUGUGA